UUGAGUGUGACAGAGUGGCAUGCAAAACCGCUAGAUUUUUGGAAUAAAGAGUAGCCGAUCAGGACCGGUCUUUCGUCUUCCAAAUUAACUCAGUUACUUUCAGAUAAAGUUUAAUUGAAGUUGACACCCGGAGAAAUCUUCAGAACAUCGUGCAAACUCAUUUCUAAAUCUAUGAAUUAAAUUUAAACUGUGGAGGGCAGCAGAUAUUAUUCAAUUGCGUUUGGAAUUUGAUUAAAACCACUGAAAUAACGGAGUUUGGAUAUGUAUUCUGUUUGUGACAAUCAAACCCAGCGUUGAAGCGUUGAAGUGCGUCUCAAGGAGACACAAAGUGACGGACAAUUGGACAAAUACUUCAUCUUCAUCUCGAAUCUUCACAUUUCGAGUAGUUUUAGUUCAGGACAACUGAACGGAGUGAGUUUUGCCGGGAUUUUCUCAAAAUUGAAAGCCACAUAGGACUAUGCGCGCACGAAUUUGCCAUGACAUAAUGGGAAGCUAGAAUAUCGGGAGUGCCAAAUACUGGGAAUGCCUUAUGACUAGAACCUUCGUGGUGGAGAAAUGGGAUGACAGGGGGCAGCUGAGGUGCGACUGAUAAAGACAAUGAUUGUGCCCGGCGUUGGCAUUCCGCUCCUGGAGCGUCUGUUGCUGAUGCUGGUCCUGCUGUCUAUCUCUGAGUCGAGGCUCACUCAAGCUUGCCCUGGGCUCAUCACUAGCGGCUGCAGCUGUACAGGUGAACGCUCCAAAGCCCACGCCACUCAGGCGGUUCGGAAAAGAGUCAGCUGCGGUAGCGAAGAACUUUCUGAAACUCCAGAGCCCGGCCUGCUACCGAACAGGACCGUUACUUUAAUUUUGAGCAACAAUCGCAUCAGGGUUCUGAGAAAUGGAUCCUUUGUUGGACUCUAUGCCCUGGAGAAACUAGACCUCAGGAGCAACCUCAUCAGCACCAUCAUGCCUGGAGCCUUCCAAAGUUUAUCUGAUCUUCGAAAGCUCGACCUGUCCAACAACCGCAUCGGCUGCUUGACUCCAAACAUGUUCCAGGGACUCACCAACCUCACCAAACUGAACCUCUCUGGAAACAUCUUAUCUACCUUGGACUCGGGGGUCUUCCAGGAGCUCCCCUCUCUUAAGCUUGUGAACUUCAACUCUGACUUCCUGUCAUGUGACUGUGGGCUGCGCUGGGUACCAGGUUACUUUCGCAACAGUACAGCACGGCUUGGGAAUGAGACCGUCUGUGCCUAUCCCAAGAGCCUCCAUGGAAAGCCCUUGCGUGGACUGAGGGAAAGUCAGCUGAGCUGUGACGGGCCUCUGGAGCUGCACACCCUGUCUCUCCUGCCCUCCCAGCGCCAGGCGGUCUUCAAGGGGGACCGAAUGCCCUUCCACUGCACUGCCGCCCUGGUGGACAAAAUCACUGCGAUGCACUGGCGCCACAACGGCCAGCUGGUGACCUCUGACCCUGAACAGGGCGUCAGUCUGGAGGCCAGCGUGGUGCAUGACUGCACCUUCAUCACCAGUGAGCUCAUCUUGUCCAACGUGCAUGUGGAGGCCAGUGGAGAGUGGGAGUGUGUGGUGGUCACUGGACGGGGCAACACCUCCCGCAGUGUGGAGAUAGUGGUGCUGGAGAACAGUGCCUCCUUCUGUCCGGAGGAGAGAGUUACUAACAACCGGGGAGAGUUCAAGUGGCCGAGGACCCUGGCAGGUAUAACCUCCUACCAGUACUGUCUGCAGCUGCGCUACCCCUCCCUGUCCAUGGGGGGUGGUGUGGUGCAGAAGCAGGCAUCACGCUACUGUGACCGCUCAGGGAGCUGGGAGGAGGGAGACUACGACAACUGUCUCUACACUAACGACAUCACACGGGUCCUACACACCUUCAUCCUGAUGCCCAUCAAUGCCUCUAAUGCAGUCACUCUGGCACAUCAGGUGCGCACCUACACUCUGGAGGCAUCCGGUUUCACUGACACCAUGGACGUGAUGUACGUGGCCCAGAUGAUGGAGAAAUUCAUGGAAUAUGUCCGACCACUGCGAGAGCUGUCAGAGGUGCUGGUGGAGAUGGGCAGUAACCUGAUGCAGGUGGAUGAUCAGAUCCUGGCCCAUGCCCAGAGAGAAAAGAGAGCCUGCAGCUCCAUAGUCCACUCUCUGGAGACCCUGGCCUGGCCCCAGCUACACAGCCAUGCCCAGGACCUUUCCAUGAUCUCCAGGAACAUUGUGAUGGAGGCCCACCUUAUCCGUCCGGCCCACUUCACUGGCAUGAGCUGCACAGCCUACCAACGCCGGGAGACCUUGUUAGACAACCUGGGCAUGGAGGGGGCAGAGCCCGCCCACGAACAGCAGCUCCGCUUCCGCUGCACCACUGGCACCCACAACACCUCCCUAAACAACUUCCCCAUGAAGAAUGCUGUAGCCCUGGCCUCUGUGGUUCUCCCUGCCUCUCUGUUCCCCCCGGACGCCCCGUCAGACUGUAAGCUCCAGUUUGUGGCGUUCCGUACAGGGAGGUUCUUCCCUUUCUCUGGGAACUCCAGCAGUCCUGGAGAGCACGCCCACAGACGCAGUGUCAACAGCCCAGUGGUCUACGUAGGCCUGGACGGGUGUAGUCUGUGGAACCACUCGGAGGCCAUCCUGGUGUCCCUGCGCCACUCAACCUCGGGCAGCGAGCCGGUGGCGGCCCACUGGAGCUUACAGGCACUGCAGCAGAAGCAGGGGGGGUGGAGCCAGGAGGGCUGCCAACUGGCCCACACUGACUCUGCCACCUCCACCCUGCGCUGCUCUGUGCUCAGCAACUACGCUGUGCUGCAGGAGGUCCCUGACUUCCCCCACUCCCCACCCAUGUCAGUGAGGGUGCUCCACCCUGUGGUCUAUACCUGUACUGCAAUCCUCCUUCUCUGCCUCUUCACCAUCAUCAUCACACACAUGCUACACCACAGUUCUAUAAAUAUAUCCAGAAAGAGCUGGCACACGUUACUCAAUACCUGCUUCCACAUCGCUAUGACCACAGCUGUCUACGCAGGAGGCAUCACCCUGACCAGCUACCCAAUGGUGUGCCAGGCAGUGGGCAUCACUCUACACUACUCCUCCUUGUCUACUCUGCUGUGGAUCGGUGUCAGCGCCAGAGUCCUCUACAAAGAGGCUGUCUGGAGGAUGCCACGGCAACCAGAGGGAGAGUCUCCUGUUCCACCUACUCAGCGGCCUAUGCUCAGGUCAGUGAUGUCAUCAGGGUUCUAUCUAAUAGCUGGUGGUGUACCUCUCAUCAUAUGUGGCAUCACUGCAGCUGUCAACGUGAACAACUAUGGGGACAACAACCCUUACUGCUGGUUGGUGUGGCGGCCCAGUUUGGGGGCCUUCUUUGUCCCCGCAGGCUUGGCGGUAUUGGUGACCUGGAUCUAUUUCCUGUGCACUGUGUUUCGCCUGAGGCACCGGGUGUCCAAAGAGUGCCCAAGAUCCUCCCUGUCCUCCCCUAUGCCUGAGAGCCAGCCAGCCCUGGGUGGCAGCACCAGUCUCCUGUCCACAGACUCUGUGGUGGGGACCAUACAUGCUGCGUUGACCCCAGAGGACCAGUACACCCUGAAGGUGCAGUUCCUGAUGCUGGUAGCCACCCACUUCCUGUUCCUGGCCCUGUGGAGCUGUGGAGCCAUGGCCAUGUGGCUGACAGGGCGCAGCAGCCUAUUGUUCAGCUGUCUCUAUGGAGUAGCUGCCACCGUGUUGGGGGUGUUCCUGGUGGUGCACCACUGCUUCCGACGCCUUGAUGUGCAGGCCUCCUGGCUAAGCUGCUGUCCAGGGUAUCACCGCUCCCAGCCCAUGCCAGCCUACACGCACACCUGCACCACUGUGAGUGGGGUGCAGACCACCUCUGAACAGGGAUCCCAGAUCUUCAUUGGCUGCCAUGCUCAAGGGGAUCCCCACAACUCUUCAUCAGCCAGGUCCUCCUCCACCCCCAGUGGGAUCAGCAGUGUGGGCCCUGGGCCCUGCAAACUUACCAACCUGCUGCAGGUGGCACAAGAAAAUACCAACAAUGCCACUCGUGCCCCAGCAGGCAUCAACACCAGCACCAGUGCGGACAAUAACAACAAGCAAGCUAACAACCUGCUACCCACCAUAGGCUCUGUAGCCCCUGUCCAGCCUCAGAGGAAGAAGGUCAGUGGCAGAACUAAACAAGGGAGCAGCCAGUAUCACCACCGAGGUGAAGGCAGAGGUCACUACCGUCUCAAAGCCAUGAGGGCUGGUGGGGGAGGGGGCAGUAUGGGAGCACUGGGACCUACAGGUAUAGAGCAGCACAACGCUUCCCAUCCAACUCACAAACAGGCCACUAGUGAGAAUGGCAGUCUCCAUCACAGCCACUCUGAGAGCCCGGCCAUUCCGCUAACCAACGGUAACGGUAGGAGAGUGGGGGGGACAGUGGCCACCAGCCCCUCAGAGGGAAGCGACGGGGGCAGCAGCGGCAGCCGUAAGCCCUUCCCUCUGCUCCCCUCUGUGGCCAGCAGGGUGGCUAUGCAAGGUAAUAGGCACAGCGCCAGCCGAGACAAUCUGAAACUGGCAGCGGCUGCAGAGCGGGAAGCUAAGCGCUGCUCCUACCCUCUGAACAGUAUCACUACCGCUGUGCCAGGGGCUGCCCCUAACGGCACCAUCAAGAGCUCUGUGAUAGAGCUGGAAUUGGACACAAGCGGCACAGACCAUUCCCAGAGCUCUGUGGGCAUGAAAAGUAUGUGGAAAAGUGAAACUACAGUGUGACCCUCACACUCUCCCAGCAAAUGUCCACAUUGGACCCUGACAAUAUUUGAUAUGACUGCUGUUGUUGUAGUGUCCUACGCCUAUAGAGACUAAUCCUGAUCUGAGAUCCAUGUGUGUAACUCCCCAGCUAGCACAAAACGUUCUGAGAACCAUACGUUUCUUAUAGAGCUUGGUGAAAGCGUGGUUGUCCUAUGGUUAUUUUGCAUACAACCUUCCCACAACUUUCUGGGAAUGGUGCAGGAUGGUUGCUUGU